AUGACGGUCAAUGAGAAGGAAGAUUUUAAUUUUCUGGAGUUUAAAUCUGUCGAGGAUCCGAUCAAAUCGAUGGAAAUGCUGCAGACCGCUUUCGUUAGAUUUAAGCAGAUGACCAGGGAUGAACUAGCCAUGUUUUUUGCGAACAAGAACUUCUUCAUUUUCUUGAAGGACGCAUUUUUGAUACUGAAGAACGACAGGGAGUUUCUCGAUUUUGUCAGGAACUUGGAGAUUGACGACCAAACUCUGGAAAAACAUGAAAUGAACGAAUUUAUGGCUGAAUGUGCGGAAGCAAGGAAGAAGGUGGAUGCUGUUGCUAUGGUUGAUGACGAAAACCCGUCAAAGAGAAAGAAAAAAGCCAAAAGAGUAUCUUUUUCGUUGGAGAAGAACAUGACAAAGCUGUUUUUGGUCGAGAAGACAGACAUGAAACACGGAAAUUACAGAGAUAAAGACAGAGAGGAGGCUGCAAUUCUUAAGAACAUGCCGUGGAUUGUGCCUAUCAAGCUUAGGACAUGCAUAGAAUAUAAAACAAGAAGCGAAGAGGUCGAGGUGCAGAGGAUCAGAGAAACAACCACAGUAAGAAUCACCAAUUUAGAUAGCGAAAACUUUGUGCCCAGCGAUGAGAGUGCAAAGCGAGAAAAAACUUCAGCCACAACCAAGCCUGUUGAGAUUUCUAUUUUUGAUCUAAACGUGUCAAAUAUUUUACCAAAAUUAGAUUAUACUAAGAUAGUUUGUGCUGAUGAUGAGGUUAAAUACACUGUUAACGACGUUUUAAAUGACAAGAAAGUUCUUGAGUACUUCUUGGAAAAGAAGAACGAAUGAGUAUAGCGCCAGCGAUCUCACAAUUGUUUGUUGCAUCUAUUGAUCCAUACGAUAAAGCGGUUGUACGCGUAGUUUCUAUAAUUUGAUAAAUCCUUCUUUUUCUGUCGUACAGAUCGUGUGAAUUAUCUGCCAGUAUUGGCAGCUUGUGCGAUUUCUUGGUUUAUAAAAUUUUCUUAAUCUUCUGCUCUCGUAUAUUGUUGUAGUGUUCUGUUCCAAAGUAUCUCUGAUUCCUGGUAAAACGUGUUAUGAGCCGUUUAGGGUUUGUUAUUGAUGUUGCGCUUGCUCCUCAGCCUUAUGAUCGGUAUAAUUUGAAAAGACGCGAACGUUGCAAUGUCUAUCGAUUCGUGGUAGCGAGUGUUUAAUGAACCAGAUUAUCUUAUGUGCGAAACUGGUUUGCAAAUUUACUCACCGGCUGAGUU